AAACAGCCCUCUCCUCCCCUCCUAAGGUCCCAUACAUCAUCUACAAAAUGCCCUCUCUCCUCCUUCUCACCACCAUUACUUCUCCCUACAACACUAACAAAAAUCCACACUUCUCUAGAAACUAUCUACCAUCAUUAUGUCAUCACUUUCAGUUCGUUUUCUCACGCCACAAUUGUCACCCACAGUUCCAAGCUCCUCUGCAAGACCAAGAACAAGACUCUUUGCUGGACCUCCCACAGUGGCUCAGCCAGCGGAGACGGGGGUGGAUGCAGGGAGGUUGGAACCUAGAGUGGAGAAGAAAGACGGAUACUAUGUGUUGAAAGAGAAGUUUAGGCAAGGUAUUAAUCCUCAAGAGAAAGUGAAGAUAGAGAAAGAGCCAAUGAAGCUUUUCAUGGAAAAUGGGAUCGAGGAGCUUGCUAAAUUGUCGAUGGAAGAGAUUGACAAAGAGAAGAGCACUAAAGACGAUAUUGAUGUUAGACUCAAGUGGCUCGGUCUCUUUCACAGAAGGAAGCACCAAUAUGGUAGAUUUAUGAUGAGACUAAAGCUACCAAAUGGGGUAACAACAAGUGCACAAACAAGAUACUUGGCAAGCGUGAUCAGGAAAUAUGGGAAAGAUGGCUGUGCAGAUGUAACAACAAGACAAAACUGGCAAAUUCGUGGAGUGGUGUUGCCUGAUGUGCCAGAAAUACUAAGGGGUCUAGCUGAAGUUGGUCUGACAAGCCUGCAGAGUGGCAUGGACAACGUGAGAAACCCCGUCGGAAAUCCGCUUGCAGGAAUUGAUCCGGAUGAGAUUGUUGAUACCAGACCUUAUACCAACUUGUUGUCCCAAUUUAUCACUGCCAAUUCUUGUGGAAAUCCUGAGUUCACUAACUUGCCAAGGAAGUGGAAUGUAUGUGUCGUGGGUUCUCAUGAUCUUUAUGAGCAUCCUCAUAUCAAUGAUCUUGCUUACAUGCCUGCCAUGAAGGACGGGCGGUUUGGAUUCAAUUUGCUGGUUGGUGGGUUCUUUAGUCCCAAGCGAUGUGCUGAGGCAAUUCCUCUUGAUGCUUGGGUUUCAGCUGAUGAUGUGCUCCCAUCUUGCAAAGCAGUGUUAGAGGCCUACAGAGAUCUUGGCACCAGAGGGAACAGGCAAAAGACUAGAAUGAUGUGGCUGAUCGACGAGCUUGGCAUUGAAGGAUUCAGGUCAGAAGUAGUAAAAAGAAUGCCACGUCAAGAGCUAGAGAGAGAAUCUUCUGAAGAUUUGGUUCAAAAGCAAUGGGAAAGGAGGGACUAUUUCGGUGUCCAUCCACAGAAGCAAGAAGGCCUUAGCUAUGCAGGUCUUCACAUUCCUGUCGGUCGCGUCCAAGCAGAUGACAUGGAUGAGCUAGCUCGUUUAGCUGAUAUUUAUGGCACUGGCGAACUCAGACUCACUGUGGAGCAGAACAUCAUAAUUCCCAACAUUGAGGACUCAAAGAUUGAAGCCCUACUUAAAGAACCUCUAUUAAAAGACAGGUUCUCACCUGAGCCACCUCUUCUCAUGCAAGGGUUGGUAGCAUGCACUGGCAAAGAGUUUUGCGGGCAAGCAAUAAUUGAAACAAAGGCUAGGGCCAUGAAGGUAACUGAGGAGGUGCAGAGGUUAGUGUCGGUGUCUAAACCAGUGAGAAUGCACUGGACAGGCUGUCCUAAUACCUGUGGGCAGGUACAAGUUGCCGAUAUUGGGUUCAUGGGUUGCAUGGCAAGAGAUGAAAAUGGGAAAAUCUGUGAAGGAGCAGAUGUGUACCUAGGAGGUAGAGUUGGGAGUGACUCACAUUUGGGAGAGCUUUAUAAGAAAAGUGUUCCAUGCAAGGACUUGGUGCCUUUGGUUGUGGACAUUUUAGUUAAACAAUUCGGAGCUGUACCAAGGGAGAGGGAAGAGGUGGAUGACUAGUUCAUUAAAUCAAAAUGUUCAUUCUUGUUUCAUGGCAAAUUCGGAGGGGAUCUAAUGCAUGCUUUUGGAAUCGGAAAUGAAGCACUGAAAUGAUCUCACAGGACUAUGAAGGGUGAUAGAGGUCUGAGAAGGGAAAGGGAAGGGAGUUGUGUUCUUGAGCUCUCACGAGCAUGAUUUCCAACAACUCUGGUUUCAUUGUUUGGGUUUUGUAUGAUGGUUAGAAGCCCGGUAGGAGCUUUUAUGUAUGAAAAUAAAACUUCGUAUAGGAUGAUGCAAAACUAAAAACACUCGGAGACUAAAAAACAAUAAAAUUUGGAAGAUUUUUGUGACUCCCUUAUAA